AUGCACGUCGGAGUACACCUUUGCAGAUGGAACAUAUUUCCGGUGAUGCGACGAAUGCAUCAUAGUUCCGGUGCGGAAUCAUUAAAUGUCAAGUUAACAGAAGCAACAACAGCGCCAUUUCUUUCAACGGAAGAAUUACGUUAUACAUUCGGUGUACAAACAUUUUCUGAUGUACCCCAGCAUAGUGAACUCUAUCCGGAAACGGAAUAUUCCGAAGAUGGUGAAUUAAAAUUACUUCGCGUGAUCAUUCACGAGAAGCAAAUAAAUUUGACGUUAGAGCCAACCAUUCAAUUGCUUGUAUCACCAUACAUGAAGACAAUUUUUCGGGAUGCACACGGUGGUGCAAGGUUGAAUAUUGGCCAAGCACCGAGCAGCUGCCAUUAUCAUCACAAAUCAGAGGAAGUAUAUGCAGCUAUCAGUAAUUGUGAUAGAAAUCUUAAAGGUAUAAUUGUGGUGCCCGAUGAAAUUUACGUACUACAUCCCUUACCCGAUCGUCAUGCUCAUCGAUUUGAUCAGAAUAACCGGAACGACAGCGAUCCUGGAUUACAUGUAAUUUACAAACGUGAAGUGAUGCGAAAAGAAUUUUGUGGUCUCGAAUCAACAAUUACAUCAACUGAACUUAACGAAAAUGAAAAUGAAGUGAAUGAAGAUGUUGUUGCUGUUGGACAGCGUCUAAGCGAAGAAGGCAAACUCAUUGUGGAAUUAGCAAUAUUUGUGGAUGAAAUGUUAUGGAAACUUUUUACUAGUAAAUAUGGUAUUGAUGCAAAUAAUAAGCUACAAGAUUAUGCUUUAACAAUGCUUAAUAAUGUACAAAUUAUGUACCAUCAACCGAAUGCCAUUCCACAGCUAUCAUUUCAUGUUGUCAGAUUCGAAGUGCUUGCCACUCAACCGAGUGCUAUGGCAGCUCAUUUGCAUAAUAACGGACAUGCGCAAAAAUACUUGGAUCGAUUUUGUAAGUACCAGCGAAAUUUAGGCUCACGUGAUUGGGAUCAUGCAUUAAUGCUUACAGGAUACGAUAUUCAUCGUGGUACCGGAUCACGAUCUAUAAGCGGUAUUGCCCGAUUAGAUGGUAUGUGCGAUCCAUGGAAUACCUGCACAUUAGCUGAAGGACUUGAUUUUACAUCAGCAUUUAUUGGAACUCAUGAACUUGGCCAUAGCGUUGGAAUGCGUCAUGAUGAGCCAUAUUGUCCAGCAAAGCAUAUUAUGAGUUCAUCAUUAGGCCCAGGAAAAGUAACUUGGUCAAUUUGUAGCUUACGCGAUUAUCACACAUUCUUACAACGUCUCGACAGUGGUGGUAGGAAUUGUUUACGAGUGUCAAAUUUACCACAAAAAUUAACAAUGCGUACAGAUUUAAAGCCUGGACAAGUUUACAAUGCCGAUAUGCAAUGUCGUAUAAUGCAUGGUGAAGGAUAUCGACAGGUAGAAUUAUAUUAG